UGAGCACGUCCCAUGAGCUAGAACAGAAAUUUCCCUUUCAUUUGCAGAGCUAUUUGAAGGCAAGUGAGUGACAGUGAUCACACGGUUACCUCCUCAGUAAAUGGUUGCGCACCAGACUGCCUGUGCCCUCGUAAGGCUGCGGGGCGCUCUACGAAGGUCGAAUGAUCUCCCAGACCCACAAAUCCCGCCUGCCUUCUCCCCAGGACUGCCUGCGGCGUAAUUUCAAGUGAACUAUUUGACUCAGGGCAGAGCCGUUUCUUCCGGCCUCCUCAGGGGCUGGGAAACGCUCCCGGCAUUGGUAUGGAAACAGCAGGAGGCCCUGGAAGGGCUGCCGUUGCGGGGCAUCAGCUGGACCCGAAAGGCCUUGGAAAGAGAGCUCAGGAAGAUGCCGGGACGGAACGUUCUCUCUGAUUGGCCAAAAAAUAUCAACGCCUUCCAAAAGAAACUUGGUCCGCUAUGCACAUGCGCAGGAAUUCAACGCGCUGUCCCUUUUCAGCGGGAACGUUGUGGGGUUCGGAUGCAAAGAAAGGGUGGCUGCCACACAAGGGAGGGAGCUCCGGAAACUACGCAGCACUGCGGAUUCCUCAAGACAACAGAGUGUUUUUCAGUCGUGAGAAGCCUCUGAUAAUGCGCGCCCAUCCUAGCUUGCUUGCUUGCUGAGCCUUAUGGGAAACGUAGUGCAAGGAGCGCGGCGGUGCCCGUGAAACAGGCGCGGGAUUGGCCAGGGUAGCGUCGCCAGGGCAACGAGCGGCGGGACUGGCACGAGUGGCGCCACUUCCCGGAAGUGGCCUCCCGGCACUGGCGCGGUGGCUGAGGUUUCUCUUGGCAGUUCCAAGAAGACACUCCAGAAAAAGAAUGCCAUCCCCUCUAGGUCCCUCAUACCUGCCCGUUGGAGACUCUGAGACCAACUUCGAGGGACCUGAAGGUGCACGGCUGCGUUUCCGGGGAUUCUGCUACAAGGAAGUGGCAGGACCACGAGAAGCACUGGCCCAACUUCGAGAGCUGUGCCGGCAAUGGCUGCGGCCUGAGUCCUGCUCCAAGGAGGAGAUCUUGGAGCUACUGGUGCUGGAGCAGUUCCUGGGCACACUGCCCCCUGAGAUCCAGGCCUGGGUGCGAAGGCAGAAGCCAGGCUGCCCUGAGGAGGCUGCUGCCCUGGUAGAGGGGCUGCAGCAGGACCCUGGACAGUUGCUAGGCUGGAUCACAGCCCACAUCCUGAAACCAGAGGUACUACCUGCAGUUCAGAAGAAAGAUGAAUCCUCAGGAAGCCCUCAGCCUUCAGCAACAGUGGAUCCCUGUGGAGCAGACUCAGGGGAGGGCCAACAGGAUGCCAGGAUAGAAGGGUCUGCCCAGCUCAGUUGCAAUGUGAAGGAGGAGCCCAGUGUGGACGGGCAGGAGAUAGCACCUCUCAGCCCCUUACUUCCUGUCCCACCAUCUGAGAGUCAUGUGGAACACCAAGAACCUGCCUCUACAUCCUUCCAACCGUCCAGAAAUCAGGUGACAGAAGAGGGACACCCCUUCCCAGCCGUGACAGUGGCCUCCGCACAGGAGCCAUGGGUGCUUCUGGAUCGGUCGCAGAAGGAGCUCUACUGGGAUGCGAUGCUGCAGAAGUACGGUUCUGCGGUGUCCCUGGGUGAGGAUCGCUUUGCCCUGGGUCCCCGAGCCCUGCACCCUGUCCGGGUGUGCGCCUGCCUGAUGCCCCCAUCCGCAGGGCUGCCAGACCCGGAGCCGAUCCCUGACCGGGAGGCAAACCCUGAGCAGCAGCUGAGUCCGCCCCCCACCCGCCAGGACCCGCCCACUGCGCGUAAGCCCUACACUUGUGCACAGUGCGGCUGCGGCUUUGACUGGAAGUCCGUCUUUGUAAUGCACAGGCGCUCACACGCGCGCGCUCCGGAGCCCAUGCCAACAGCCUGUGCGCCCCGCAGCACCCCGCGCCAUACACCGGGCCAUGUGUGCCAGGACUGUGGCCGCAGCUUCAGCUGGAAGUCGCAGCUGGUCAUCCACCGCAAGGCUCACAGUGGCCAGCGGCGUCACGCCUGCGGGGACUGUGGCCGCGCCUUCGACUGGAAGUCGCAGCUGGUUGUCCACCGCAAAGCCCACCAGCCCGAGGCCCUGUGAGGAAGAGCCAACCCCGGAUGGAGGCCAGGUCUGCUGCAACAGCGACCGUGCAACUGCGGUAACCACCCAAGCCGUGCUCCUCACGUCGAGGUGCACGCGGACCGCACUCCCCACUGCAGGACCUUGUUGCUGGCAGUGGACACUCAGGGACUGGCGUGUGCCCCUCCACCCAGCAGCUGGGCCCCAAGUCUGUGUGUGGAAUGUUGACCUGUCCUUUUGUGGUGCUUGGUGACCCGAGGAGAAGAAUUUGCCUGGACCACCUCACAAAUGGAAAGAAACAAUGCUCAAGCCAGGAAGUGGUUUCAGCAUGAAAAGGUUUAUUGUAAAGUAGGAUAAGGUUUUUCAGACGAGUCAGGACACCAGCCUAUGAGCAACCACUGUUCCUUUCUUCUGGUUUCUUUUACAUUACCGUACUUACUGUAUUAGGGUAUUCCACACCCUACUCCUGCAUAUUUAUGAUUUACCCAUGCCUUACUUUUAAGUUUCAAUCGCGCAUGUGUUUUCCUAUAGUUUGUCAGUAAUUAAUGAUGUGGUACAUAUGUAUGAAGCCUUAAGCAUAUGAUAAUGAGACUAGGUCAACUCAAGGACACCCAGGACAAUGAAUGCACCUGUCUCAUGGGGUGGAGCGCCCUUAGCUCUCCUUCCUGGUUAAUUUGUGGUUCCCCUCCACUUAGGAUUCCCUCUCACACUUGGCCCACUUCCCAUUAUCAAAAAAUUCAAACCAUCCUCAACCACCUUUAGAAAGAACUUCAGUACCAGGUCAACACUUCUAGAGACCAACCCCCACCACUCAUGACUGACUACCUGCCUAUAUUGCCCCAUUACACACCCUGCUUUCCAAGUGCAUAAUUUGUGUUUGGGAGAGGCUCAGGGGUAUGAACCCAAGGCCUUUUGCAUGCUAGGCAAUCACUGAACUAUACCCCUGUUUUUUUGUUUUGUUUUGUUUUUGUGGUCCUUGCACUUGCGAGGCAGGCUCCAGAACCGCUGAGCUAAAUCCCCAGCCGUAUACCCAGCGGGGUCUUAACUAGGUUGCCUAGGCUAGCCUUAGUCAUGGGAUCCUCCUGCCUCAGCCUCCCUAAUAGCUAGAAUUACAGGUUAGAUUUUCAACAUAAAUUAUACUUUGAUAACAGGAAAGUCUCUGGAUCAAAAUUCUGAUUUCACAUUUCUCCUAGCCAGGAAAUCAGCAGUAUGUGAUCCUUUCCUGGCAGCUUGGAGCCAUGGGGCAGCUAUCUGAUCCAGAAGGACCAGCCCCAGUGUCUGUCUCUGGCCCCCAUAUUGCUGGCCUAGCUCUUGAGGCUGGGCUUGUGUGGGCAGUAGGGGAACAUCCUUUCUAAGCAUGGAUGGACACACACAGCUCAAGGCCAGGGUAUAACCCUACAUGCCCUGUGGUCAUGCCACAGAGGGCAAAGGAUCAGUGCCCUGCUGUCUGGCAAUGUCUGCUGGUUCUCUGGACAGUCACUCAAGACUUACUCAUGUAGUGUUCACUUCUUAGUAGCUGCUCUAGGUUGAACAACAGAAUUAUCCUCCCCACCCCCCCGCUUUGGUACCAAGGCUGGAACUCAGAACCUUAUGCUUGCCAGGCAGGCAUGACACCACUGAGCUACAUCCCCAGCCCCAG